AAAUAAUGUCUCGCUAUGGAAAGCACCCUCGCCUCAGCCUGGAGCAGGAAGGUGUAAACUUCCAGGAUCCACCUGAAACAGAUGAGUUCCCACUGGUUGCCACAGCUGAGAAGGAGGAAAAAGAGGGAAAAGUGGAGGUAAAAGAAGAAGAGGAAGAAGAGGACAAUAAGCAGAAAAACGAGGAAGAUAACAAGAAGAAAGAAGAAGAAGAAAAGGGGAAAGAAGAUGGAAAGGAAGAGUGCUGUGAUGAAGUGGAUGAGGAAGAAAAUGAGACAGGAGAAGAAGAGGAAGACGUAGAUAUAUCUUCCAUCUUUUUUUCAUCUUCUAAUGUCUCUUUACCUAGUUUCACCCCCCCUUCUCCUUCCUCUUCAUCCUCCUCUUCGUCUUCCUUCUUUUCUCUGAUUCAGAGCAACAUAGGGUUACAUGAGGGCUAUGCCCCUGGGAUGCUGAGUAUUUUUCAGAAUGCUCAAAGCUUCUUCCCCUCAUCUGUUUUAGGGGGGAAUUUAGAUGAAGCAACCAGCUACCAGGAAGACAGUUUUGGUGCCAUCCAGUCUCCAGAAGACCCUGAAACCUUGCUGAACAUUGUGAUACAAGAAAAAGCUACUGAUUUGGUGUUUCUUUUCAUUUACAAGUAUAGAAUGAAGGAACCCAUCACCUUAUCAGAAAUUUAUGAGGUUGUCACAAAAGAUUAUGAGAACCAUUUUCCUGUCAUCUUCAUUGAAGCUUCUAAAUGCUUGGAGAUGACCUUUGGUAUUGAUAUAAAGGAAAGUGAACUUCUGAGCAGUGCUUAUGUCUUUGUCAACUCACUAAACCUCACCUAUGAGGACAUGCUGAGUGACAAUGAUAGACUGCCUAGAAACGCUUUCCUGAUAGUUAUUCUGGGUGUAAUAUUCAUAGAAGGGAACUGUGCUUCUGAAGAAAGAAUCUGGGAAUUCUUGAAGCUGGUGGGAGUGCAUGAUGGGGAGGAACACUUCAUUUGUGGGGAUCCCAGAGAGUUCCUCACCAUAGAUCUAGUGCAGCAAAAUUACCUGGAGUAUCGGCUAGUGUCUAAUAGCCAGCCUCCAUGCUUUGAGUUCCUCUGGGGUCCAAGAGCCUAUGCUGAAACCACCAAGAUGAAAGUUUUGGAGUUCUUGGCAAAGAUGAAUGGGUGUGAUCCAACUGAUUUCUCAGUCUGGUAUGAUGAGGCUUUGAGAGAGGAGGAAGAGAGGGCCUGGGCCAUACAUGACUCUGCAGAGGGAAGUCCAGACUCAUGGCUUUUAGAGCGUUGAUUUUCAGUUUCUCUUAUACUGUGUGAGUGACCUGUUUUCCAUAGGUUCACUCUAAUUUUGAAAACAGCAGUGAAAAUUUUAAGUAGGGAAAUUCAAUUUUAGGCUCUGAAGAAAAGGUUA